AUGUCCACAGAAGAGAAGCGAGGUUUCGACUUAGUAUGGGACCACUUGCCUCAUAUUUCUGGCUACCAGCUGAGAAUCACUGGUAUGGCCGGUUAUGCUGCGAUUGUAGGCGGUUUAAUGGCGAUUUAUCCGGUUUUCGCUCAGUAUAAACCUCCUUAUCGUUGUGAAACCUACUUCGACACUGAGCCAAAAUUCUCAAGCCUAACCUGGGACCAAAUCAAUAACCUAACAGGCCCUUCCGCUGAAAGUUGCCAAGGAUGGUCUUCAGAUGAAAAAGGCUGUUACUACUGCAAGUUUGACGAAUCUACUGUCGACUCUUGCUGGGAAAAGUUCUAUGAUUACUUUGAUGGCUUGAAGAAAUGCCUUGGAGAAGAUGCUCAAAAAGAGGGGACAUGGAUGUCGUGCGAGGAUGAAUUUGCUUUCGACAGGUCGAUAAGGAAUGUGACAAAUUUGGUGUUCGACAAAGGCGAUCCUUGGGAAUCAGCAGUCACUCAAUUCAAACUCAUUUGCGGAAUGGAAUGGUUUGACUCUCUUUCUACUGCGAUGGGACUGGUUGGUUUGAUGAUUGGAGCCUUUGUUGCUGGAUUGUAUACUGAUAAGUUCGGAAGAAAGAAUGCUAUUCUGGUUUGGAACUUUAUUACGAUGGUGUUUUUGAUUAUUCAUGCUUUUAUGCCUGAUAAAUAUGGCUUCCUCGCCCUUCGAGUUCUUGGCAAUGGAGCUCAGCAUGUCUCAUGGCUCGCGCAAAUGACUUAUUCGAUGGAAGUCCUCGGCCCGACCCGCCGCUCGAUUUCUGGAGCAAUGACCCACGUUUACUUCUCAAUUGGGUACAUGGCCACUUCUGGUGUGGCUUAUUUUCUGCCUGAUUGGAGAGGCUUUACUCUCUGCUACGCCGGUAUCUGUGCCUUGGCAGUAUUGACCAUUCCGUUUUAUCCUGAAAGCCCUUCGUUUUUGUACUCAAGAAAUAAGAGCCAAGAAGCUAGGGAGAUUCUCAAAGGAAUGGCGGAUUCGACGAAAGCGGAACUACCCGAUUCUGUGCUCGACCAAAUCGAAGACCAAAUGAAGAAUUCUGAGAAUGAAAAUGAUUCUGAAGCGGCUGUUGAGUCCUACACAAUGCUAGAUCUGUUCAAGUACCGUAGCACCGCCCUGAUAAGCCUAAAUAUCGGAUUGGCAUUCACCGCGAACACAUUGGUUUAUUAUGGCCUUUCUUUCAACGUCGACUCAUUGUCGGGAAGUGUUUACGUGAACAACGUGGUGAAUGGAUUUGUAGAGCUUUUGGCCUAUAUUGUGGUGAUGGGAACUCUCGAUAAACUUGGUCGAAAAAUGGUCUGCGGUGGUCUGAUGAUUUUUGGCGGAGCUGUCUGCCUCGGUUGUAUGGCGCUAGAAGCCGCAGCUGAUUCUGCUGAUGACAAAACCGCACUUUUAGAGGCUCAAAGAUGGAUGGCCUUUGUCGGUAAAUUCGCCAUCUCUGGAUCUUUUUGUGCUGUUUAUGUUUUUGCUGCUGAAGUUUUUCCGACCGUUUUGAGAUCUACAGGAAUUGGCUUCGGAUCGAUGUUUGGUCGAAUUGGUGGAUUUCUCAGCCCCUUUAUUAUCCAGAUUCCCGCCACCUGGAUAAUCUACCUCAUUUUUGGAGCAUUUGGAAUAGUGAGCGGCGCAUUGGUAUUUUUCCUCCCAGAAACAAACGGAAAACCGACAUUGCAAACGCUCGAGGAAGCUCUAGAAUUUUACAAAAAUCCAACGGCGAGCAAAACGUAUCAAGUGUCCCCUACAAAUUCGCAAAGAAAUUCAAAGAAUGAGAAAAUCUCUGGAGAAGAAGAGGAUGAAGCUGAUUUUUAG